AUGCAGACGUACAUGAGUCGUCCUCACAUCCCCAUCGCCGUCGACUCUCCCUCUGAGAUUACCUCAGUCAAACCAGCGUCAAAACUGCCCGUCAUCUCUUCCUUGGCUUACCUGGGCAAACGCGUGCGCUCUGUCAUCCCGGAUCCCAUCCCCCAGGGCGCCUCAUCGAAGUCCGGCUUCACUCUCGACUCCUCUGGCGUUGCAGGCUUCUUCGGAGGAGACAGCGCUGUCUUGGCAAUGGCGUCUGUGAACCUCAUCCCAAACCGUCGCUGGGUUGGCUGGUACAACACCCCCGGCAGCUACGAGAUAGCCAAGCAAUUCGGGCAGCUCGCAGACUCCCCUUUUUGGGACGCCCUAGUCCCGGGAGGGAAGCACGAGCCCGCAAUCCUAUUCGAACUCGACGGGAAAGUCGGCCCCGAGUUCAUAGCUUCGUACUCUGGGACCACUUUUGCGCAGACAGGACACCUCGCCUACCUACUCACACGAAAGGCGAAAAGCAUGACCGGGAUCGCUGAUACGCAGACGGAUAGGGUCGGCACUCCUACCAGUCUCGUCAUCAUCGACUUGCCCCAGGUGCCCCCGGCAUCUGAUCACCCAGCUCUUCCUUCCUCCUGGUUGCCGAAGCGGUCCGCCCUUCUCGCCCUCGUGCCUAUUACUGGGAGCGUCGUUGCCUGCGUAUUUUGCGCCCUGGUCGCAGACUGGUACUGCUGCGCGAACAUUGCGCUAGGCAUCAUCGCUAACGGAUGUGCGUGCUUCUUCGUCGGUUCUGGAAAGCUGACGUACGUGAUCUCAGUCACCAGAGGCCGCUUUGUCUUGCAAUACGGCACGAACACAAAACGACCGGAGACCACUCCAGAUGAGUCGUCCAAUCCACCCUCGAGCCCAUCAGCUCUCGGAGACGUGUGGGCGCGUCUCGCGAGCUGCGGUUUACGGGGACACUGGCAGCCUUUGGACGGUUCUACGGGCUUCAAUUCGUGCAUGCAGAUCUGGAAGCUCUUGACUAGCCCGAGCCAGCGCACCAUAGGAUAUUGCGCUCUACUCCUCACAGUACAAUUCUUUGUCCAGCUUCUCCUGAUCCCCCAAGGCACGCUCUCCGGACAAAUCAUGUUCAUCUCCACCCUCGCCCUGUCCUGGGGCUACAACUCGUAUCUCUCAUCGGUGGAUCGAGAGGACAUACAGACGGACAUUCUCAUCGAGAGUGUCCUCAGGCUGCACUUGAAGGAGCGCGCCAGGAAGUACGACUUCAAGUCGCGAACGGGAAUGGUGAUUUUCGCGUGCCUCGCCAUGCCGUAUGAAACCAAUGAGCCUCCCCCGGACCGCAUGAAGAUCCUGAACGCGUUGCUCCCAAAUGACACGAGGCGCUGCUGA